AUGCCUGCGGCGUCGCUGGGCCCGCCGGCCCUCGGGCGCAUUCUGCGGACCAGUGAGAGGCCCGUGCUGCGGAGAGGUGUCCAGAGAGCGUGUCCCCUGAGAGGACGGCGACUGCGAGCUGUCGCCGGCCCAGCGUCCGACCACGAUCGAGACAGCGACGUCGCGCGGGAAGCGAGCAAGUCGAUCGACGAGUUCUCCAAGGACCCAGACGAGCUCAUCGCCGACGCGGUGGAGCUCCUCCACUCCGACGACCCGGAAGAGGCCUUCCAGGGCGCGACGGACGCGCACGACAUCAUCAGCACGGCCGUGAACGCGCGCGCGAAGUUCGUGCGCCGCAUCCAGUCCAUCGUGGUCUCCGCGGAGUGCAUCCCGCGCCUCCUCGAGCUCGCGCGCACCAGCUCGCACCCAGUCUUCUUCGAGUGUCUGCAAAUCCUGAGCUAUCGCAACUCGUCGACGUGCGAGGAGCUCGUGAAGCAGGGCGCGCUCGAGGCCGCGAAGGACGUCCUCUCGGACCUCGACGGCGGCGACCCGCGCGUCAUCAACGCCUGCGUCUUCAUGCUGUCGGGGAUUGUGGCCUUCAACCCCGAGGUGCAAGAUGCAGUCGUGGAGUCCGGCGUCGUCGCGCGGCUCGCGCUGAUUCUCAACUCCAAGGACGAGAAGUUCGUGAAAGAGCUGGGCGCCCGCGAGGGCACCAUCCACCGCCGCGCCGCGACCGUGAUCCGCAACCUCGCGCACCGCGAGCGCUUCCAUGCGCCGCUGAAGCAGGCAGGCGCCGUGGAGGGCAUGUCGAAGCUGCUCAAAGAGGACCCGGACCCGGCGUCGCGCAUCAACGCCGCCGUGGCGCUCGCGUGCCUCGUCGGCAAGGAGGAGGAGGACGUCACCAUGGCCCUGUCGUUGGAACAGGUGCUCGUGGCGCAGAUGCUGGACGUGCUGUCCGCGGCCGCCGAGGGGCGCAUGAAGUACGGCUCGUUCUGGACCGUCUGGAAGCUCGCGAUGGGCCUGGCCUCGCUGUGUGUGCCGGACAAGAACAAGACCCUGAUCAAGGACGCCGGCGGCGUGGAGGUCCUGGCGAACGUGCUCUUCGGGCGCCACCACGACAACAACACCACGCAGCGCUGGACGGUCACGGCGCUGUGGAACCUCGCCUUCGACGAGCAGUGCCGGAAGGACAUCAUCGCCACGCCGGGGCUCGUCGACGCUCUCCGCGAGCUCGUGAAGACCUCGGAGUCGUCGCGGACGAUCGAGGCCGCGAAGGGCUGCCUCUGGACGCUCGGGAUCGAGGAGGACGUGCAGGCCCUGCACGAGGCCGGGCGGUUCACGGGCGGCGACGCGGCGACGGGACGGCACAUCAUGCUGUCGUACGAGUGGGGGUCGCAGCAGAAGGUGCUGCUGAUCAAGAACGAGCUCGAGAAGGCGGGGUACAAGUGCUGGAUGGACGUGGACCAGAUGAGCGGGUCCACGCUCGAGGCGAUGGCGCACGCGGUGGAGAACAGCGAGGUGGUGCUGGUGUGCGUGAGCAAGCGGUACAAGGAGAGCCAGGCGUGCCGGACGGAGGCGGAGUACGCCUUCCAGCAGAAGAAGCGCAUCAUUCCGCUGCUGAUGGACCCGUCGUACCGCCCGUCGGGCUGGCUCGGCGCGCUGCUUGGGACGAAGCUCUACUUCAACUUUGGCGGGAAGGGCAAGGAGGUGCAGCAGCGGGCGGUGGGGCUGAUCAAGGAGAUCGGCGACGUGGCGCGCGAGAAGGACGUCGAGGUGUUCCAGAGCGCGCGCGCUGCGAACAAGUACAACGUCGACCGCGCGGAGCAGUGGACGGACGCCGAGGUGUCGGAGUGGCUGACGCGGAACGAGCUCGGGCAGUACGAAGAGGCGUUCCGCGGCGCGCACAUGAACGGCAAGGCCGUGGCGGGGCUGCAGCGCGUCGGGCAGCGCGACGUGCGUCUCCUGAUGGAGAUGCUGCAGUCCGACUUCGGCGUGCAGAGCGUCGGGCACCGCCUCCGGUUCCUCGAGGAACUCGACACGCUUUUUGAGUAG